GCAGAGAUCACGCGGUCAGUCAACAAGAUGAUUGUAUCUUGCAUGGUGUUUGUCUUUGUGGUUCUCAUGACGCCCGUGCUGAUACGUCUCAUGUACUCCUUGACCAACUCGAUACAAGUACGUCACAAUUUGGAGUUUAGAUAAAGAGAAACACAUAACGAUACAAUAACGGUCAUUUAGUGCAGGGACACAGUAACACAGAGUGACGAAUAGACAAACAUCUCAUUAACUUUACCAACUCAAUCAAAGGUAUAUCAAAAUUCUAAUGGAGUCAAGAGAAGCACAUAACGAUUUAAUAAGGUAAUAAGGGUCAUAUUGUGCAAGGAAAAAGUUAAGACAGGCAGAGAGAAACAGCAGAAGACGAGAAGAAGGACCUAUGCGUGACGGACGACCUCAAUCCACUCACAAUAGUCUCAGAACUCGCGAUCUUACGUACGCACGGCCUAGUUCAAUAUAAAUAUGUAUAUCCAUCUGCAGUUUUUAUUUAUUGUUAAAUCGUUUGGGAUGUGAGAUGCUACGACAAAUACCUGUUGUGGACAAUCCAGGUUGAGUGGGCAGUAACGUCCCGGCCGACAGACGGGUAUAUUUUUUGUUUUCAAGUCUUGAAAACAAGGCUCCUCUUGUCAAUCAAAUCCACUUUAUCUCUGUACAAAGACGUGGAGCUUAACAGUUGCACCAUCCUCGCUGGUCAGUCCAAUGACUGAUCCAUAUAUGAAAUGGAUAUUUUUGCGAGGUGGAUUGAUAAGAAUUAGGCCGUAACAGGUUCUCAAGCCCACGUGUAAAAAAACGAAUAAUUUGCAACAAUUGUACUUAAUCACUCGUGUCUUCAAUGUUAAUAUUUUAACACUCCGUUUAUCAGAGUCAGCUGCAGUCCUAUAAGAGGCGUAUAUUAGCACGAUGCAGGCUGAUGUCAGAGCAAAGGAGUCGCCCUUCAUAAAGGCAAAUUUAGUUGUAAAAGUGUGUGAAAACAAAAAUUAUAUCAUUGUCCAGUCAGAAUUGUCGUCUGUCCCCAGACUUACGCAACGGAAGCUUCCCAGAAAUCACAACAGCUCAUCGUGGAAAAACAGAGAUCUGACAGUCUGUUAUACCAAAUGCUACCCAAAACAGUAGCGCAGCAGCUUAAAAUGAACAAGGCAGUGAACGCUGAAUAUUAUGAACACGUGACGUUAUACUUCAGUGACAUAGUCGGUUUUACAAAUAUAUCGGCCUCAAGCUCCCCGCUUCAGGUGGUAGUCCUACUCAACCAACUGUACCAAGUGUUUGACAGCACACUUGACCACUACGACGUGUACAAAGUGGAGACGAUUGGAGAUGCCUACAUGGUGGUCAGUGGCCUACCUAACAGCUGUCGUUACAAAGAGAGAAUGUUUGGAUGUUCCGCAGUGGCCGGGGUUGUAGGUAACAAAAUGCCGCGCUACUGUUUGUUUGGAGAUACCGUCAACACAGCCUCACGCAUGGAAUCAAACGGAUUGCCUAACCGGAUCCAUGUGAGUGAGACCACCAACGACCUGCUACUGAGACUUGGAGGUUUUGUCACGGAGCGGAGAGGUGUCAUAGACGUCAAGGGGAAAGGUGCCAUGGAAACGUACUGGCUGCUGGACACAGAGAGGCCUUUGAGAAGUACCAACGACCGGAAGGGACUGCCUGACGUCACAGGAAACAGCCUCGUUCUGGACGUAAGAGACCUGGAAUACAAAGAAGACUCACCACAGGUGGUUUACUGA